AUGAGAACAGCCAUGAUCCCCUCGUCCCACAGAGAGGAUAUUGAGGUCAUUUUGAAUCAAAACCAGCGGAUUCAUGACUCACGACAAAACAUCGUCGAGAAAUACGUGACCAAUGCCGAACAUGGGUCAGAUUUAUUGGCCGUCUUUGCCCGCCCUGAUCCAGAGCCCGCUCGGACAGUAGUGGAAGACGAGGAAGUUCGACGCCGGAGGUCAAUAGUGCGGGAUGAAGAACAAAAGUUUCUCCGGGCGAUGCGCGAGUAUGAGUCGAAAGCGGAUGACAAACAUAAAACAAACCUCAACCUGGAAGGCAAACAUACGAUGGAGGAGGUAUGGAUAGAGUUGGACGCGGCAGUGGAGAAGUAUGAGAAAGGAGAGAGCCACAAGGCAGGUAUUUGGGGCAAAGUGCGGAGGGCAUUCCGAAAGUUGGGACAGCAUGGGAAAGCCAUCGAGGAGUGGUUGGGACUGGUGCCCUCGGAGCCCGACUAUUUAUCCACAGCAGCUGUGAAACUAAAGGAUAUCCGGGAAGGCCUUUUGAACGGGAUUCAUGACAUUCCAGUGCUGCUCAAUGGCACACAGAGAGUCCUUGGGGUUUACCGGCAAUCGGAGAAGCUGCAAGCGCACAGCGAUGGCCUGUACGUUGCAGUAUUGAUUAACCUGGGACAUAGUCUGCGAUAUGUUCGUCGAAGAGUCUUGCCGAAAACAUUGGAGGCAACUUUGAAAGGAGCUAGCUUUGAGCAAGCCCUGACCGAGAGCUUAGAAGAGGUUCGCAAACGCAGGAACGAGUUUAAUGAAGAAGCCAGAAUGUGUGGAGUCGAAAUGGCUGGGGAACUACAUGCUAUGGUGCGCCAGGGUAACGAGAAUUCAUGCAAAAUCACAGAGCUUCAAUCUCGAAUACUGGAAGGGCAGGCCGAGCAGAACAGGGCCCAGGAGUUCAUUCAGAAGCAGGUCGUGCUAAUGCAUGAGAAAACUAGCGCUAUGAGGGAUACUACGGAAAACAUUAGCAGGGGUGUUUCUGGACUUCGAAGUGAUUUAGACGUGCACAGCCGGUAUAUUGCCGAAAAGAUGAGUCUUGUUCUGGAUCUCCUUCAGGCCAGUCCCGAGGCAUACGCCCAAGCAGUAGCCAAGCGCAAGUUCUUCGGCCUGUCAUUUGAAGUUCAUCAGUAUUCGCAAGACGAUCUUCUGGAAAAGAUCCUCAAAGGAAUGAAAUAUUACCCGGACCAAGUGGCGGCCGAUCUGAUGCAGAACUAUGCACUGGCUUUUACGUUACCUAUCGCCGAUCAAGACCGCUGCGUGUGGUUGAUUAAGUCCAUUAAAUUAGCUGGUUGGCUCAGAAGCCCAUUCUCCGGGAUUCUGAUUGUCAACGGAAAUCAAGUCAAGACCCAACGCAGGUCCGCACUCAGCUUUGUAGCCUCAAGGCUAGCACGCACACUGAAGAACGUGGGUCAGAUGGGUUCACUAGACGAAUUCCCCAUUGCUGCCCUGCACUUCUUCUGUGGUGAGCAUUUCGAUCGCGCGGAUCCACUCAACAGCGCAGUGAGUGUUAUGGACAGUCUGCUUGGACAGCUUCUGACAUCGUUCGGAGACAAAAUAGAUUUGAUGGAGCUUGUCCAGCUCGGUCCUUUGAAAACUAAUGAUCUUAAGGCCCUUUGCGUGCGCUUUAAGAUUGUACUCAGAUUGCUACCACGGGAGGCGGUUGUAUUUUGCAUCAUCGAUAACUUCGCCGACUUUCUCUCCAGUGAUCGAACAUCUGACGAAGCACAGUCAUUGCUUCGAUGGUUUAUUCACUUGAUGAAACAUCAGCAAAAGAGGCAGGGAGCAUGUGUGUUUAAGUUACUACUCACUUCGUCUGUCCGUUUCAACGUGUUGGAGGUAUCGAGAAUGAAAGAUGAUGAAAAGCUCGACGUGCCACAGACAGUCCCCCAGACAGGAGGAUUUACGCAAAUGAAAUGGGAGAUGGGACUUGGUGAGCAGGCGAUUCCCGAAAAGAAGGUAGCUAGGAUUGACUCACUGGCUAAAGGUCAUUCUGAACCCGAUGCGUAG